GUGUGUGCGUGAAUAAUGAAGAAGAAGCAGAAGCAAAAACAGCAGCAGAGGCUAAGAGAGGCGCCAAGAGAAGCAUCGCCAGCGGCGGCGUCAGCGUCAGCGACAGCAACAGCGACGGUAGCAGAGGCCGAGAGAGGCGUCGUCAGCAGCAGCAGCAGCAGCAAUUCGCGACGCAGCAGCAGCAGCAGCACAACAACAACAACAACUAAGCGCUGCCAAGCCGUUCAUCAGCACCGUGCAACGACGCCAAUAAGCGGCGGCAGCAGCAGUCGCAGCAGCAGCACCAGCAGCACCUGCAGCAGCAGCAUCGCCAGCAGCAGCAACAACAACCACAUACACAGCAGCAGCAACAACAACAACCGAAAUAGCAGCAAGACAAGCGCAGAUGCAAACAUGUCAAAAGCAAGAACAGCAAGUGCGUCAGCAACAUCAACGUCAUCAGCAGCAGCAGCAGCGGCAGCAAGCAGUAACGCGGCCGACUUUAGCGCAUUCGAUUUUAAUGACAGCUCCGAUAAUUCCGAUACGCCAUUAGUGCCACGCGCGCCAUUCCUCAGUCGCGCCGCAGCUGCUGCAGCAGCGGCAGCAGCAGCCGCAUUGAGCGCCAGCAGCGGCAGCAACAGCAGCAGCAGCGCCAAUGUGGGCAACAACAAUGCUAACAGCAACAACAACAAUGGCAACUCGCUGAGCAACAACAGUUUGCACAGCAGCAGUCAGCACAACAACAACAACAACAACAACAACAGCAGCAGCAGAAGUAGCAGCAGCAGCUCGCAUAGCAGCGACGACAGCAACAGCAGCGCAACAGCGGCUCAAGCAGCAGCAGCAGCUGCGGCCACGGCGGUUGUGGCUGCAGCGGUCAGCGCAUUGCACAAUGGCAAACAACAACAGCAGCAACAGCAGCAUCAAGAGCAACAUCAUUACAAUAACAACAACAACAACAACAACAACAAUGGCAACAACAAAGGCGAAAUUGAUGAGGAGGACGAGGAGCAGCUGGAUGAGGACGACGACGACUAUGACGAUGAAGACGACGAAGAUGACGAUGUCAUGGAUCAGCACAUUGGUAGCAGCAGCAACAACAACAUGAACAACAACAACAGCAACAACAACAACAUAAAUAACGUGCACGCCCUGGCGCCGCCCGCAUUGCCCGCCGAUUUGCGGCACGGAAUUAGCUCGCACGAUCACAGCCAGGAGCCGCCAGACUACGAUGACGAGGAUGACGACGAGGACGACGAUGAUGAGGAUGAGGAUGCGGAUGCGGAUGGGGACGCGGCCAGCAGUCAUCUGGACAGCCGCACGGCGCUGACAUCGACGCAUCUGAGCAGCACCGCCGCCGCCGAGAGCAGCGGCUUGCACAUGAGCGCAGUGGCCGCGGCGGCAGCAGCAGCAGCAGCAGCCGCAGCAGCAGCGGCUGCCAAGCUGAACGCAGCAAAUGUGACGGCCGCACAACUGGAGCAUCACAGCCAGAAUGCCAGCUCGGUGCUGGAUAUGGUUAGCAAUGUCGGCGGCAGCAUUGGCCUCGGCAUUGGCAGCGGCAUUGGCGGCGGCAUUGGCGGAUGCAGCAACAGCAUUGCUGCGCCGAGCAGCCUCAUGGGCGGCAACAGCAACACCAGCUUUUCAACGAACAACAACAGCAACCAUGCGCUCAGUUCGACCCUGGGUAGCGGCAUCAACUGUGGCAGCGGCGAGCAGCAGCCCUCACGCCACGGCAGCAGCUCGCUCCAGCAGCACCACCAGCAGCAGCACCAGCAGCAGCAGCACCCACAGCAGCUCCAGCAGCAGCACCAACAGCAGCAGCAGCAACAGCUGCACCAGCAACAGCAGCAGCCGCAACAGUCUAGCAGCGCUGGUAGCGGCAGCGGCAGCGGCAGUGGCAGCGCAGCCAGCGAACGACGCAAAUAUCGCCAUCAGAACUACAGCAAGAACAUCUACAUUGGCACCAAGAACGCCGAGAAAUGGGAGCACAUGCGCACCCGGCUGCAGUUCAAGAACGACGUCGAGUUCGUCGCCUACCUCCUGAACCUGGCCGACAACGACACGGAUCGCCUUAACAACCUGCCGCCACCAUCACCGGAACACACGCCCACCAAGGGAUUCGAUGGAAACUUCAAGCUGGAACCGAAUCUGAGCGUGAAAGACUUUGCCCCACCGCCGGAGAAUGGCAACGGCAAUGGCAGCCUGGAGUCCGGCGGCCCGUCCGUUGCCAUGGCCACGCCCACGCCGCCGCAGCGCAAGCGCUACAAGAAGCGCGUGCAGUUCACCACCGACGCCCUCAAUGGCUAUGCGGGCGCCAAGGCCAAGGGUGGCGCUGGCGCUGGCGUUGGCGUUGCAGCUGCUGGCGCUGCCACAGCCGGCGGCUACAACAAUAACAACAACAACAGCUUUGGCACAACAGUCAAGUCGAAGAAGCAAGAGGCCAAAGCAGCCGCGGCUGCCCUGAAGGCAAGCGCUACGGCAGCGGCAGCAGCAGCAGCAGCGGCGGCAGCCUCGUCGGCACUGCCCGAGGUGCUCGACUGUCGCAUCGCGGAAAAGAUCAAGAGCGAACUGGAGGCAUGCAGCAAGGAGUCCCUGCCAAGUGCACUGUGCCUCAAAAAGGCUGCUGCUGCUGCCGCAGCCGCUGCAGCGGCGGCGCGUCACAGUGACGAGGACGAGGACGAAGAGGACGACCAUCAUCAGCAACAGCAACAGCACCAGCACCAGCAGCUGGCGGCGCCGACAUCAACGGGCGCGAGUCACGCCUCCACGGCACCGGCAACGCUGCUGGGCACUGGCUGCGGCGGUGCAGACAUGGUGGAUGCCAGCAGUGCCAGCAACGGGCAGCUGGGCAACUUCCAUGUGCGAUCCAAGAGCCAGGCGGGCAACAAGAAGUCGCAAGCCGCGAAAGCAGCUGCUGCCGCAGCGGCGGCGGCAGCAGCAGCUGCUGCAGCGGCGGCCAUGAUGCCGCCCAACAGCUAUGAUGAGCCGGAAGAUGAUUCGGCUGUUGGGCCGGGCGAUGAUGAUGAAGAGGACGAUGAGGAACUGGACGAGGAGGCACUGGCGCGUGAGAUGAAAAUGGAGCAGAACUUUGUAGAGGAGGAGGAUGAGCACGAUAUCGCGUUCCGGUCGCAACAGUCCUGCCGCGAGUGCUCCAUCUCGCACGACCACAAGCUGUGCCCGCUGCGCAAUGCCUGCGGCAAUGUAACGGACGCAGUGGAUCUGGCUGAGUGGAUCGAGCGCCGAAAUCUGGAGGCGUUGGCCAAGCUAAAGGCGGACGCACAGCGCCAGGCCAAGGUGGGCAGGCCGCGACACGAUGACGACGAGGACGACAUGGAGGACAUGGACAUGGACGAGUCAUCGCAAUUGUCCGAGCUGGAGACAAAGCCGCUGAUUACCUUCGCCGAGGCCUCGGUGCCCGCCGAAUUCGAGCUGCACAACGUGGAGCCCAAUGUCACCGGCGUCUUUGCCCGCACCGAGGUCCGUGCCUACACCAAACUGGGCCCACUCAUCGGCCAGCCGGUGCAGAGCGGUGAGGUGCGCGAGGGCAGCGACAUGAAGUGGAUAUUCGAGAUGUGCGAGGCCGGCGCCGACAAAUCCUAUCUGCUCUGCUGCGAUAAUCCCAACGCCUCCAACUGGCUGCGCUUUAUCCGGCCCGCGCCCAGCUACGAGGAGCGCAAUGUCAAUCUCGUUUCCAUCGAUCGCCAGGCCUACUUCGUCAGCUGUCGCGAUCUCCGCAACGGCAUGGAGCUGCUCUACUGGAGUGAUGACUGCAACACCAUGUGGCGCAAGAAGCACACUGAGAAAACAAACUGCGGCGGCUGCAAUUUAAAGUUCGAGCAUCCGCUUUACUACCGCACGCACUGCUCAGUUUUUCACGAUCCAUCGAUGAGCCUAACCAUACGGAAGUACCACUGCAAGGUGUGCGGCGAGGCGGUGCUGGGGAAGGACAACAUCAUGAAGCAUGCGGCCGAGAAGCACGACGGCAAGGGCGCCUAUCAGUGCCAGUUCUGCAACAAGUUUUUCCUACGCCUCAACUAUCUGGAGAUGCAUCGCACCUACGGCUGUGCCUCGAACCCGAACCGAUCGCGGCCGGUCUGCGAUUUCUGUGGUCGUAAAUUCUGUCAGCCACAAAAGCUGAAGGCGCACAUUAAGCGCGUCCACAGUGAUAUGGCUGAAGUUUUACGAGAUUUUCAGUGUAAAUUAUGUUCAAAACUUCUAGGAUCGCGUGCGGCAUUGCAGCGCCACUCGAAGGAGGUGCACAGCCGCAACUCAACAGUGGUGAGUUGUCCGCGCUGCCAGAAACUCUUCCAGAAUCGCAGCAAUCUGAAGAUCCACAUGCUCACGCAUUCGGGCGUGCGUCCCUUCAAGUGCGCGGAACCAGAGUGCAAUGCCGCCUUCACCACGAAGCAGUGCCUACAGUUCCAUUACAAGAAGGUGCACAAUUAUACCCAGGAGCAAAUGCCGAAGAUAGAGCGCAGCGUGGCCUACACUUUCGAUGCCUACUCGGGCGGCAUGAAGGUGGACUUUUUGGGUAAGCCAGUAGGGCAGGCGCAGUUGGGUGUACUAGCGCCACGCCCUAACGCUGCCCUCUCCUUCACAGAGCAAGCACCGCGUCGGCGACGGAAGAGCCUCGAGGAUCAGAACCAAAACUCGAUGCUCAGCAGCUCGAUGCAAAGCGACACCGAGUACAGCGACGACAAUAUAUUCGAGGCCAUUAAGAAGAGCGGCAAAUCCAUUAAGGAUCUGUGCCGCAACGAGCCGAAUCUCUCACUGCUCAGCUCCAAGAUCUCCAGCAUAUUUGGCGAGAAGGUGCCACCUGUGCAACAGGUGUCGAGCCAGGUAAGCGCCGUUGUCUCCGCCACCGCAGCUGGCACCGGACGCAAGCGCAAGCGGAAGAAGGAACCGGCGCUCCCAUCCCUCACCGCCCAGCAGCAGCAGCAGCAGCAGCAACAACAACAGCAACAACAACAGCAACAGCUACAGCAGCAGCAACAUGCCCAGCAGUGCCACCAGCAGCAGCAGCAGCAGCAGCAACAGCAGCAACAGCAGCAACAGCAACAGCAGCAGCAGCUCCACGGCGGACAUCUAGAUCAGUCGCCCUCGCAUCUGUCACAUCAGCAGCUCCAGCAGCAGCCACAGUAUCAUGCGCACAGCCACGCCCACGCUCAUGUGCAUGCACACGCCCACCAGCAGCAACAGCAGCAGCAGCAGCAACAGCAACAGCAGGCGGCCGCGCACCACCAGCAGCAACUGCACGAUGCCGACGAGGAGGAGGAGAGCGCACGCCUGGAGCAGGUGCGUCGCAAGCAGAACGCCCAGCUCAGCCUAGUCGAGUCCUUUCUGACCACCACGGCACAGCGGCUCAGCGCCCAACAACAGGUGCAGCAAGUGGUCGCUGCCGCGGCCGCUGUCUCCGCCAUGGCCGGCGCUGGCGAGGAUCCCGCCAAGCUGGGCCACAUGAUGGGCCACAUGGGCGGCGUGGGCGUCGGCGUUGGCGUAGGCCUCGACGAUGAUGACGAUGACGACGAGGACGAUGAGGAUGCCACAGCGCACCACCUGCAUCACCAGCAGCAACAGCACCAGCAGCAACAGCAUCAGCAGCACCACUCGCACCAAGCGCAUCCACAUCAUGCCCACACGCAUCCCCACCAGCACGGACAGCAGGCGGGGCAGCAGCCGCACGAUGCUGGCUAUCGGCAUGCGGCCGCCAUGAACGCGGCCCUCGGCCAGAACCUGGUCGUCAGCAAGGGCAGCAAGAAGUGGAUCGGCGCCGACGAUCGGCAUUUGAGCGAUGGCGGCGACGUGGCCAAUGAUGCAGCAGUCGGCGGUGCGGGCAGCGGCGGCGGCGGUGGUGUUGUUGUCGGAUGCGGUCAGCUGUCAGGUGGUGCCAGUGCUGGCCAGGACCUCGGCUUCGCAGUGCCACCCAGCGCCGUGGACGAGCACAGCAAGCUGCUGGGCCAGAAUCGGGACUUCCUGGCACGGCUCAUGAGCAGCGCCAGCGCCAGCCAUGCCAGCCAUCAGCAUCAGCAUCAGCACAGCGCGCACAGCCGCGAGGAGGACGAGAACAGCUCCUUCCUGGAUGUCGUCGAGUCCAACAACAAUGCGGCCGCUGCUGCAGCCGCCGCCGCCGCGGCCAUGUCCCAAUACCAUCACAGUGCGGCAGCCAAUGGCGGUGCGGGCGCUGCUGGCGGCGCCGGCGGCGGCAACGGUGGCGGUGGCGGAGGCGGUGGUGCUGGCGGGCACACGCCCACCGGUCACACGCCCACAGCGCCCAGCAGCGUGGAGCCGCCCCAAAUGCAAAUGAACUCGCUCAGCCACUCGCAGUCGUUCAUGAGCUCCUUCUACAACAACGCCAACGCAAGACUGAGCGGCGCAGGCGCUGGCGUUGGCGCCAACUCCUCCUCGGCCAGCAUGCUGGUGGAGGCGGCCCUCAACUCCGUUGGCAAUAUGAUUGACAGCGAGAGCAGCGAUCUUAAGGUACCCACCGAUAACCACAUAAAUAGCGAUAGUCCGAUGAGUGCGCACGUGGAUGCGGAGUCGCAACGCUUUGGCAGCGCCGGCGGCGGUGGGGGCAGCGGGCCGAACGGCGCGGGCAUUGGGGCCACCAUGGACAACCUGGAGAAUGAGCUGAAGAUGAUGAAGAACCUGGGCAGCUUUCCCAUGCAGAUACCGCCAUUGCCUAUGUUCCAGGGCGCUUGCAACAUAUCGCCGAGCGCCUCGACGCCCACCAAUCCGCAGAGUAAUCAGAACCAGAACGAUGUGGAUGUGGAUGCCGGCAGCACGCCGCGGCCGCAACAUCCGGAUUCCGAUGGUUUCUCUUCGUCGCACCACCGCACACCGCCCUCGCCGCCGCCCAUUUCGCCGGGACGCGACUACGGCGGAAUGUUUGGCGCCGGCAAUGGUGCCGGCGGCCCCGGCUCCAACAGCACUCCAGCGGGCAGCUCCAGCGGCGGCGGUGGCCCAACGGUGGGCAACAAUUUGUCCGCAUCGUCGCCGCUGCCGGCGCUGCAGCCGCAGCGGCGCAAUGCCUCCAGCGUGGGCAGCACAUAUCCCGAGCAUGAGCUCAUCUCGCCCGCCUCCUCGCCGAGCAUACCACGCUACAACUUCAACGGCGACAUGAUGCGCCACAAGCGCGCCGUCCAGGAGCAGGAGCAGCAGGAGCGACGCCACAACAUCUCGCGGCACAAUCACAUGUCCAGCGACGAGGAGAACAGCAUCAUGCCACAGAACAGCGCCGGACAGGAUAUGCGCAUGAAGUUCCCGCAAUCGCAGAUCGAUCUCAUGUACUCCAAGUACGAGAGCAUGGCCAGCAAUCUGAAGUACAACAGCCAGGAGCUGGACUCCCCGGUCGAGUACCGGCAGAGCAGCAACAGCAAUGCAGCAAGCGCUGCAGCUGCUGCCGCCGCGGCAGCCAGCGCCGCCAAUGACAUGUCCGAUCUGCAGGGACUGGACAUGAGCUCGCGGUCGAAUGCGUCGAGCAAUUAUCAUCACAACUUCCAGCUGCCAAGCAGUCGUUACCAUCACCACAUCUACGAUAUAUUGUCGGAUCGAGAGCAGAACCAGCAGGCGCAGGCGCAGCAGCAGACCCCAGCUUCGGUGGUGCAUCAGCAGGAGCAUGGCAGCCAUGGCGGUCACAGUAGCCAGCUGGCGAUGCAGCAGCACCAGUCGGCGGCGAUGCACAACAUGCUGAGCGAGCAGCUGGGCGAGCAGGAGCACGAUCAGACCACAUCGGUGGAUCUGAGCCGUACCGCCAACUAUGUGGUGUCGUCUCCGCCGCAGCUGCCAUACAACCAUCCGCACCACGAUAUGCUGCGCAUGGCCUCGCUGGAUCUGACACCAAAUACGGCCAAUAUGGCAGUGGGCAACAAUCGAUCGUUUCUGUCCUCGCAGAUGCAGCACCAGAGCCGCGAGAGUCUCGAGCACCAUCGGCUGCUCUCGACGGUGGAGCAGCAUCGCAUAUUGGCCGCCUCGAAUGCGGCGGCGGAUCAGCAUCGACUGCUGGUCGAUCCCACCGCCCAUUUGCUGAUGGAGCAAAACAAUCGGCUACUGGGCACCGCGGAUCAGUCCCGUCUCCUGGGCGAAUCGGCGGCGGCAGCUGCCCAGAAUCGACACAUGGCCAGAAGCUUUGGUGCCUACCAUCAGGUGGCUUCGAGCAAUUAUCAUCCGGGCGUACGGCCACCGCCGGUGCUGCCAUCGGCCAACCAUCAUGCUUCCAAUCCGUCGAAUUAUCAUCCAUUUCCCGCCUACUACUAGGUGGCGCCAUCUGUCGGCCAGCACAGUUGAUUUUCGCAAAUCCCAAACUAAAAAGCGGCCACCCCCCAGUUUCUAUCCCACUAUUUCAAGCUAUAUAUAGAUCUGAUAGAUCUGACAUAUACAUGAUAUAUACAUAUAUGUGUGUGUACUCUGAAUAUACGCUAGAUAUACGAUCAUUUAAAUAUUUAUUACCAGCUGCCAGAUGACAUGCGUGAGGCUAAGUGGACAUCUAUAUACUUAGCUGAAAGAGCUACACAUCUAGCCAUAUAGCUAACCGGGACUGUGUGCAAUUCAAAUAUCAGAUAUAUGUAUUUUAUAUAACCCUGUACAUUCGCCUGGCAGCUAUCUACAUACAUACAUAUGUACGAUUACUAUCCACGAAUCCUCGAUUCUAUAGUUCAAUUUCAAGCGCAAAUAUAUGUUUCAAACGUAACAAUUUUUGGUUCCUCGGUUUUAUUCGCAUGUAACUCUUAACUAACAAGCCACAAAUAACUCAUUAUAAACUAUUAUUAUUAUAAAAGCCCCAAUUAAUGUGUGUCGCAUUAUGUUCAGUGUCUCAACUACUAUUUGAAUUAUGUGUGAAAAAUUA